GCCCCUGAGGCGAUGGCGGCCGCGGGGCGCCCGGAGGAGCUGGAGCUCAGCGCCGAGGAAGCGGAGCGGCUGCGGGAAGCCUUCCGCGACCCUCGUUUCCGCGAACUGUUCGCCGAGUACGCGGCCGAGCUGGCCGACCCCGAGCAGCGGCGGCUGUACGAGGAGGAGGUGACGGCGCUGGAGCGGGAGCGCGGCGUGGAGGUGCGCUUCAUCCACCCGACCCCCGGCUACGUGCUGCGCACCAGCCAGGCCGGCUCCCGCCGCUGCUACCUCAACAUCUGCAGCAACCCGCACAUCGACCGCCCUCAGGCUCGCCGGGAGCCCGGCGGCCACCGCUGGGCUCUGCCUUACAGCCUGGCACCGGGACGCGAGGAGCUAAUGAGGGGCGGCCACCGCCGCUGCCUGGUUUACGACGUGGUUUUCCAUCCCUCAGCCCUCCGCCUGGCCUCCCGCAGCUCCCGCUUUCGCCGCCUGCUCAGCGACACGGCCAUGGAGGCGGUGGAGCGCCGCUUCGCCCUCCGCCUCGACCGCACCAACGCCGCCAUCCUCCGCGGGGCCACCUACAAGGGCGUCCCGCAGGCUCCCGUCAUCCGCACCCCGCUGCCCGGCGGCCCCACGCCGCCCCCCUCCGUCCCCGCCAGCCCUUUGCCACCUUUCCCCGUCCCCCCGUCCCCUCAGUCCCGUCCCGCUCCUCCUGAUCCUCCUCCCCCCCCCGGCCCCACCACGCCUCGCUGGAGCCUCCUGCAGCGCUCCUACGUGGAGCUGCAGGACUACCGCUGCUGCCGGGACUCCGUGCCCAGCCCGGUGCCCCGGGAGCUGGUGGUGACGGUGGAGCUGCCUCUGCUCCGCUCCGCCGCCGGGGCCGUGCUCCAGGUCCUGCCCCGGGAGCUGCGCCUCGACUCUCAGCGACCCGCCUACCGCCUCCGCCUCCGCCUGCCCUACGCCGUGGACGAGAGCCGAGGCCGGGCCGCCUUCCACAAGGCCGAGAGGAGGCUGCUCGUCACCCUGCCCGUCGUGCACGACCCCCCUCCCGCUCCCCAGCAGCCGCAGGGGGACGACGGGGGGCGGCUGGAGGAGCCCGGCCUCGGUGGGGAGCCGGUGGCUGAGGGGGGAGGCAGCGAGGCUGCUCCUCCUCCUUCUCCUCCUUCCUCUCCUCCUCCUUCUCCUCCUUCUUCCCCUACUCCUUCCCCCUGCAGCACGUGGAGCAGCACCGGGGACUCCCCCACUCCCCCCAAAGAUCCCCCCCGCUCCGGAGCUGCUUCCCCCGAGCCCAGCGGCCUCCCUGAGGGCUCCCCCCCCAGCCCAGCCCCGCUGGAGGCUGAGGCCGAGGCCAACCCCGCUGUCAUGGCCCCGAGCCUGCCCCGUGCCCUGUGCCCUCCCUUCCGCUGCCGCCAGGACGAGGCCUCCCUCACCCUGCUGCUGCCCGUGCCCUGCAUCCAGCCCCAAAGCUUGCAGGGGGAUGUGGGCACCAACCACUACAGCCUCCGCUUCUCCAGUGCUACCAAUGCCUACUCCCUCUUCCUGAGGUUUCCCCCAGCAAACAGGCUGGCAGCCCCCGAGACCAGCGUGAGCGUGAGCCCCCACAACGCUGCCAUCGGGCUGGCCAAAGCCCCCGGGAGCGACGGGCCCUGGGAGAAGUUCAGCUUCGGCCUCGACGCCUCCGCUCUGCAGGAGAGAUUGUUUGUCAGCGAAGAAAACGUUGAUGGGUUCCUAGACACUGUUCUGUGCCCUUCUGUUUGCGCAGAGGCAGAACUGGAAAGUCAACCAUUAAUUGAAGUGCUUGAUGUUUCAGAGGACAGAAGUCAAAUCAGGCUGAAGCCGCAGGAAGCAGCCCAUAGUGAACGUGGUGAAAAAGAACAAGUAGCAAACAGCUCAGAAGGAGAUCCCGCCGAAAAGACGAAUGAUGACCCCUUCCAAACCAAGACAGAGACAAACUGCCCUGCAGCUGACACAGUGGAAGAACGUGCUGCAGAAACCAACACAACUUCUACGUCUUCUGUACCAGCUGAAACAAUGGGAAAAGCAGAUUGUAGUUCACACCAUUGUUUGCAGCACGAACCCUCUGACACCAGUUCAGCAGUUCCUGGCAAAUCUGGGAGCAACGAACCAGAUUUAGACUCUGCUCUCACAGUCGGCGAAACGGCCGCAUCCUCAGCAUCUGACACACAGGGGGGCCUUCUGCUGGGAGGGCAGGCAAAAAUGGAAGGGGAGGAAGCAGCUGCGGAUGCAGAGCCGGCCCGUGGGACGCCGCGCAGCUCGGGCAGCAGAGCGGCCUCCCCGCUCCUCCGAGAGGUGAGCACGCAGGAUGGGAGCGUGCAGAUCAUCAGGGAUCACACCACGCACUGUGCCGUCACGUUUCAGAAUGCUUUGCUGUAUGAACUGGACUAGUGUGAUUGUUCCAGGAUUUCCUUCUGUUGUUUGUUGCUUACUGGGACUUCCACGCGCUGCUUGAGGGCUCCAGGGCUGAAAGCAGAAAGCAGGCUCCUACUGAAACCGUUCUGCUUACACGUCAACUUAGAAUACUUGAGCUGUUAAUAAUUUUUCAAGUUAGUAGGUCUGAGUUCUCUUUAAUUAUAUGUAUGAGCUGAAAUAGUUUUACUGACAAGAAUGAUGCAGCUGAAGGUGAAUCUAAGCUCCUGGAAGACAAUGCAUCCUCAUUACUUAUUUAACUUUCUUAAUCUCUUACUAAAUUACACAGGUUAUUUGUACAUAUCCUCCUUCUAACGGCUCCCACAGGAACUGCUGUAUUUAGUCCACCUAGAAAUGAGCGGUAUUCAUCAUUUUUUUUUUCCAAACCCUUCAUUUUGUGAUAAUCGGAGGAUUAGACUGCCACUGAUUUUUAGCAAUCAAAUGAAAUUUCUAAUUACAUGGAGAAGUUCUAAUUAGUCUCCUAGAAAUAAUCAUCAUUUAUACUACGUGUUCCACCCUGGUGUAUUACUUCAGUUAUGCAGCAUCCAAACAUACCCCAGUCUGUCAGCGAACAAAUUCGAUUGUACAAUAGAAACAUCCUGUCUUGUUGCAUCUGCUACUAAGUAUUUACAAUUUGUAAAAUGGAUUCAUUUCAUCCAGAUUAGGUUCACUUUUCAGCCCUCUGUCAGCUUCAGCUCGCUGUUUACUAGUUCGUGUCUCUGAAGUGUGAUAACCAACAAGAACAGAUCUAUAAUAAACUUUCAGUUCCCUUUCUCACUCCUUCUGACAUAACUUCUGGUUUUUUGUUUUGAGUUGUACGAGACAAAAAUGUACCUUGGAAUAAAUUUUUUUGACUUGUUUCACA